AUGCGGUGCUCUCCCCAAUAUAACGAAGCGAACCCACCACCAACUUCCCAGCUAACCCGCUUAAAAUAUACACCGGUUGAGCUUACCGAAACAAUCGUUAACUGCCAGGCGAUCCCCAUGUCACCGGUUCUGCUCCGCAUGAAAUGUGUGGUGACAAAUGUAUCGCCCGAUUCACUUCUGCUUCCGGAUCUCCUGCAUUCACGCCCUCGGAAAACUAUUAAGGUGGAGACACGUGUAAGUGAUGACAUGGAGGUUCCACUCUUUUAUGGCGCUGUGUGUGGAAUAUACACGGGCCCCAAUGGAAAGGAAGUGGCAGCGAAGCAGUGGUUUGUAGAUUUGGCAAGGAUAUGCACACAAGGCAACGCGAUGCUGAGGGACAAAAAGACGGGGGUGUUGUUCCCAACCCAGCCGCUCGUCACGCAGCGGAAACGAUGUCGAGAGCGUGAAGGCGUCUCUCGGAAUGAUAAAGCAAAUGAUGGUUGUAACGACGGUAGUGCUAACAUGUGUUCUGAGACGUCACGGUCUAGACGAAUAGUUGUGCUUCACAAUCCGCUGCACCGUUAUCAAUUGGUUGCGUUGAGAACGGAAGAAAUAAGUCGCAAUUCGUAA